AAUGAAAUUAAAUUAUUUUUUAAAGAAAAGGAAAAUGCCGAUGGGUGUGUACAGUGAAUAUAUAAAAAUCUGUGUUCACAUAGAUAUUUGGAAAUGGAACAAAAUCUGUUUUUCUCUCCUAGAUGCUUUAAUUCAUUCCGUUGCUUACUCAGCACUGCUGUUCUUCUUUUCUCAGCUUCAAUCAGCAUUUUCUGGGUUCAAUUUGGAAUUACGGACCAGGGAGUUUUAAAUGGGGGCUAUUUUGAGUCUGGCUAGCAACAAAAGCAGUAGUUGCGAGGUUAAUGAGGUCCCAUGUGAUUCCAGCUGCAAGAGGCAGAAGAGAUCCUUGAGCUUUGAUGUGGAAAGCUCAAGACUGAUUCCAAGUCUUCCUGAUGAGUUAUCAAUCCAAAUUCUUGCUAGAAUUCCCAGAAGUUACUACUUCAAUCUGAGGUUGGUGUCCCACAAGUGGAAGGAAACUAUUAUGGGCCAUGAGCUGUUUAAAUUGAGAAAAGAACUUGGAUUGCGAGAAGAGUGGUUGUAUGUAUUGACUAAAGUUGAAGAGGAACUUUCAUGGUAUGCUUUGGAUCCUUUUUCAAGAAAAUGGCAGAGGUUGCCUCCAAUGCCCAAUGUUUAUUCAGAAGAACCUAGGAAUGGUUCUUCUGGGCUUUGGUUGUGGAAGAUGGUGGGGCCACAUAUUAAAAUUCCUGAAACUAUAAGGAGUUGGCUUGGGAAAAAGCAUACAUCGGAUCACAUGCCAUUUUGUGGUUGCACAGUUGGUGCUGUUGAUGGCUGCCUCUAUGUGCUUGGUGGAUUCUUUAGAGCUUCAACCAUGAGCCGUGUGUGGCGAUAUGACCCAAUCCUAAAUAGAUGGAGUGAGAUCACCCCCAUGUCUACAGGGAGGGCUUAUUGCAAGACUAGCAUUUUGAACAACAAGCUAUAUGUUGUUGGAGGGGUUACUCAGCUCCAAGGGGCAUUAGUUCCUCUUCAAUCUGCUGAAGUUUUUGAUCCUCAUACAGAUACAUGGUCUGAAGUUCCAAGCAUGCCAUUCUCAAAAUCUCAACAGCUCCCCAACGCCUUUUGGUCAGACUUGCUAAAGCCUAUUGCCACUGGGAUGACUUCGUACAUGGGAAGGUUAUGUGUGCCUCAAAGUCUGUACUCAUGGCCUUUCUUUGUUGAUGCUGGGGGAGAAAUUUAUGAUCCUGAAACCAAUUCAUGGGCUGAAAUGCCAACUGGCAUGGGAGAAGGUUGGCCUGCACGUCAGGCAGGUACAAAGUUGAGUGUUGUGGUAGAAGGUGAACUAUAUUCAUAUGAUCCCUCUAGUUCUCGAGACAGUGGUAAGAUCAAGGUGUAUGAUCACAGAGAAGAUGCUUGGAAAGUUGUCAUUGGAAAAGUUCCUAUUUAUGAUUCUGCAGAUUCAGAAACUCCACAUCUGCUUGCUGGUUUUCAUGGAAAGAUUCAUGUCCUCACAAAAGAUGCCAAUCAUAAAGUUGUAGUUAUGCAGGCUAGCAUUCGUGAUAAUUUGGAUUGUUCACCAUUGAGCUCAGCUUCCAAUUUUCUUGGCUCCUCAAGCGAGCAAUUUUCUUCACUGGCUGAAUCAGAAACAGUUGUCUGGAAGGUCAUUGCCAAUAGAGAUAUUGGAUCUGCUGAACUUGUCAGUUGUCAAGUUCUUGAUAUAUAACUUUAUGUUGGAUGAUGUGGUUUAGUAUAUAUUUAAGAUACUGAUGUCUCAGAACCUAUAAAAGCAACCAAGUGUUGGGAAGAUUUACUAUUGUGGUGAUUUCUGUAGAUACAGUAAAUAGUCUAUUUGAACUACCUUAUGCGGCAGCCAUUUCACCAGUUAAAGGUAAAAGAUUGAGAAUAUUACAGCAAGUCCAUCAGGUGCUCUUAAUCCUUAUGUGGCCUUUUUAGCAUCUUUUGAUGCAUUUUCUCCCCUCUAUUCAAAAUUAAGUUGCUGCUGAUUUCCACAUCUGGAGAGCUGGGAUGUCUGCAGUUUGAAGAUAACAAAGUGGGUCUUAUUUAUCCUAACUAGGAUGGAGUAAUAUAUAAGUUCAAUAAUUAGAUAUUUACUGUACCAAUCAAUGUAGUUCUGUUUGAAGAGUCUGUAUAGUCUCUAUCCAAUACAGCAACAAAUAAUGCAGAAAUAAUAUCUAUCAGAUUUGAAAAAUCAAAUAAUGCAGAUGAUGCUUGGUUUCACCAUAUGAGAAUAUUUUUUUAUCUAUA